GAUGAGCCACCAUGACAACAACCAUCCCUUCUCUUACUUCCGAUCAGGUUGAUCGAUACUUUGAAUAUAUCCAGCUACCCCAUGAGUAUAGACGAUAUCGUAAUCCGAAGUUGGAUAUCGCCCUGCUCACUACCAUCCACACCUAUCAUGUGUCAACCAUUCCUUACGAGAACAUUGCUCUACAUUAUGCCCCUUCAGCGUAUAUUUCCUUGGAAAUCUCUGAUAUCUAUCACAAGUUUAUCGAGAGGGGCCGUGGUGGAUACUGCAUGGAGAAUAAUAUUUUCCUCUAUCAUGUUCUUUCCUUCUUAGGCUUUCAAGUCUACCUAGCCGGGGCCAGACUUCAUCGUGACACCAAGAGCAACUCUCCCGGAUGGUCAGGCUGGGAACAUGCCGUUAACAUCGUCACUCUUGCCGAUCAUACUCGGUACCUGGUUGAUGUGGGUUAUGGUGGCGAUGGGCCCAAAACCCCACUACCUCUUGUGGCAGGGGAAAUAGCCCCUAACAUUGGUACACAAGAGCUGCAACUGGUGUAUGGCACCAUUGACGGUCUUUCAGAUGCCAAGCAGCGCAUGUGGAUCUACCAGUUCCGAAAUGCUACCGACUGCCCUUGGACCCCGGCCUAUGCCUUUACCGAAACUGAGUUCCUGCGCCGAGAUUUUGAAGUCAUGAGUUACUAUACGAGCCAGCAUCCGCAGUGCUUUCUGACUUCUAACCUCCUCGUGAUUAAGUUCCUGCGCGAAGGUAGCAACGUCUACGGCAAGACCAUACUGGACCAAGACAAAGUGAAAGAGAAUCUCGGUGGCAAGUCUGUUCUAAUCAAGACAUGCCGUAGUGAGGAGGAUCGGGUUCAGGUGCUCCGGGAUAGGUUUGGUAUUUCCUUGACUGAAGAGGAGCAGAAAGGGAUUAUUGGUCGGAAAUCCGAACUAGUCCAGUAG